AAUGCGUCGAGCACGUGUGCUUGCGUACUUUCGUACUGGAAAUAACUUUUUUUUGGGGGGGAAAAAAAAAAAGGAGAGAAGGUGAGGUCUCCGGGAGAGGGAAGAACAGAGCGCAACUCAGUUGAUCAACAAACGCCACUCAUUCACUCUGAGUAACUGUGACUCCCCUGUCCACUCCAUCUUUCAUUUCACCAUCGCAACAACGACCCUACAAAUUAAAAGCCUUCCUCCUCCUUUUCCUUCGUCUUCUCGAGUUCUUCUUCUUCUUCUUCUGCCCCUUUCUCUUGUGAUGUGGUCGUCAGGACUCGACAAGCAUAGCAACAAGAAGAAGAACAGCAACAAUAACAGCAGUUGUGGACAUGGGGGUAGUAGUAGGAUAGUGUCCUCCUCCUCUUCCUCAAGAUCUUCUCCUUCCUCCACCUCCUCCAUCCUCCCCCAGACCCCAAGGAGGAGGAACAUGGAGGAGGUGUGGAAAGACAUCAACCUCACCACCCUCCACCAUGAGAGGCCCCUCGCUUCUCUUCUGGAGCAGCACUCCCAUCCUCACCACCACCACCAUCACCACCGGGCCAUGAUCCUCCAAGACUUCCUCUCCGGCCCCUGCUCCACCGUUGCCCCGGCGGACGCCGCCGUCGAGGACAUCCCCCUUCCUCCCCCGCCCCCCCUCCUUCCCCCCACCGCCCUCAGCCUCAGCUCCGGCCUCGAGCUCCAGUGCCUGGGCGGCGGCGGCGGACGCUGUGGGUGUGCCCGGAUAACCGGCCACUCCGGCUCCAGCUCCAAUUCCAACGGCUCUCGAGUCAAUUGCCAGGCCAUCAACAGCAGCAGCAACAACAACAACGUGCACGGCGGGCCUUUUAUGUCCCCUUCGUUCUCCGACGCCGUCAUCGGCCCCCCGUCACCCGCCGGGCUCUUCUCCUUCUGCUCCAGGAAGCGGAUGAUGCCGGACGUCCCGGUCAUUGGCGGCGACCGCCGCCACAAGCGCAUGAUCAAGAACCGCGAGUCCGCCGCCCGAUCCCGCGCCCGGAAGCAGGCUUACACAACUGAACUGGAGCUAGAGGUUGCACAUCUGGUGGAGGAGAACGCCAAGCUAAAGAAACAGCUAGAGGAGCUACGUUUGGCAAUGGCUGCUCAGCUGCCAAACAGAAUCGCCCUCAAAAGAAGCUCGUCAGCCCCAUUUUGAGAAAGAACGAGAAAAGGGAGGGAGGGAGCAUUCUGCUGCAAAGAGCUCUCACGCCCUUCUCCGACCUAUAUAUCCUCCUGUUCCUAAAUUUGCGCAGAUAUAGUAAUGACCUAAGAACACGAUUCAGAUCUUCCCCUUCCCACCACCAAUUGUAUGCCUCUCUGUCUCUCUUUUUCCAUGUAUAUUAUUAUAUCAAUGUCUGUAUAUAUUGUGAAUGGGGACAAGCUUGAUACUCUUUUCUUUGCUCUA